AUGUUGCAUGUAACUUCUUCACCGAUGGCAAUGUUUCGAUCUGGAUUUCAUCUUUUAUUACUUAUCUGUUGUGUUAUUGCCAUAACAUCAUAUAGAAUUGAUCAUCAUCUACAUGAAGAUAGAAAUCAACGGGCUGUAACUGAAUGGCGUUUUCGACGUAAUUUUUUUCAAUUAUUACCAUAUUUAGAUGCAAAUAAUGCGAAUUAUGAAUUAAUUGAAAAAGAUGCAAUGGAUGAUGAUAAUGAAUAUGGAACGGUGCCCUAUCAUUUUGAAUCUUCCUGGUGGCUUAUGGCCAACAGAGAUAAUGACAAUGAUGAUGAUGAUUCAAAUUAUAUGAAUGAAGAAGAUGAUGAUAAUAAUCAUGACACUUCACCACCGGCCAAACGUAUUAAAUUGACACACUCUUCAUCAGAUCAUCCAAAUCUUUCGAAAAAGAAAACAUCAUCUACAAAAAAAACUGCUAAUUCUGAACAAUCACCAUCUUCAUUAACAGCUGAUUCAGUUAAAGUUUAUCUUGGUGAACAUCCAGAAUUUCUUGAUUCAUAUAUACAACAAAAUAUUCAAAUAAAUACAAUUGAACAAUGGAUAUCAAAAAAACCUCAAAAAACAUCAUCAUCAACAUCAAUACCAACAGUUUCAUCACAUAAAAAUUGUAUUUCAACAUCAGUAAUAAAAGAUGAAGAUAUUAAAAGAAAAACUUCAUCACAAUCUUCCAACCAAAUAUCAACAACAACAGCAAAAACGAUGAAUACGUUAGCUGAAUUAAGCGAUAAACGUCGUUUAUUACAUGAACUUACAGAUGAAGUUAAUCAAAAUGUAAGCAAAGCUCAAAUUUUAUAUGAAUUAAGUAAAUCAAUUGCAUCAACUGUAUCAGCUGAUGGAUUUAAUUUAUAUUUGGUUGACGAAACUGGCACUAGUAUGCGAUUGUUUAGUGCAGAAAAUGAUGAUGAACAAGCAGCAUGUUAUAUUCCUGUUCAAAUUAAACCUGGUCAUUGUCUUGCUGGUUAUAUUGCUUGGUCAAAAGAAACCGUACGAAUUAAUAAUAUGACAACACUUGAUAUGGAAAAAUAUCCUGAUGGUCUUUAUAUAAAAGAUGAUAAAGUAACUGCAGUUAUGGCACAUCCUAUAAUAAAUGCAUCUGGUACUCUACUUGGUGUUGUUGAAUUUUAUCGUGUUAGUAGUACAAUGCCAUUUACUGAUGAUGAUGAAGAUGAAAUUCUAAAAUGCGUGAAUGAGCUUUUCACCCAAACGUAUUACGAGCUUUAUCAUUCAAUGACACGUGAACGACGUUUGAACGAUUUUCUAUUGGCUGUAACUAAAUCGAUUUUUCAAGAACUUGUUAGUAUGGAUGCUGUUAUGCUUAAGAUAAUGAGCUAUGCAAAAAAGUUGGUUAAUGCUGAUCGUGCUUCUUUAUUUAUGGUUGAUUCUCGUACAAAAGAACUUUAUGCAAGAAUAUUUGAUAUAGGACGUGAAGAACAUGAUGUACUUAAUUCAUCACUUGUUAAUGAUAAAAAUGGACAAAUACAAAAAAAUUUAUCAUCUGAUGAACGUGCUUGUAUACGUUUUCCAAUGGAUAAAGGUAUUGCUGGUUAUGUAGCAGCAACUGGAAAAACUUUGAAUAUUACUGAUGCUUAUAGUGAUGAACGAUUUAAUCGAGAUAUUGAUCAGAAAACAGGUUAUAAAACUAAAACACUUUUAUGUAUGCCAAUUAUGAUUCAAGGAAAUGUUAUUGGUGUUGUUCAAAUGGUUAAUAAAAAAAAUGGACCUUUUACAAAAAGUGAUGAAGAAUCAUUUGAAACAUUUGCUGUUUAUUGUGGACUUGCUUUACAUCAUGCAUCACUUUAUGAUCGUAUACGUCGUUCGGAACAAAAAUGUAAAGUCGCUCUUGAAGUUUUAUCAUAUCAUGCAUCAUGUCCUGAUGAAGAAUAUGAACGUUAUAAAACAUAUGAACUUCCAAGCAACAUUCCAAAUAUUAAUCAAUUUGAAUUUUCACCAUGGAGUGUUGCUAAUGAUAUGAAACCUAUUUAUGUUCUUUAUAUGUUUCGUGAUUUGACUAAUAUGAUGGAUCCAUUGAAUGCGAAUAGAUUUGAUAUGGAAUGUGUGAUAAGAUUUACAUUAACUGUACGAAAAAAUUAUCGUAAUGUUCCUUAUCAUAAUUGGUCACAUGCAUUCAGUGUUGCACAUGCAAUUUACACUGUGAUAAAACAGACUAAACAUAAAUUUACACCGAAUCAGUGUAUUGCUCUAUUUGUUGCUUGUCUUUGUCAUGAUCUUGAUCAUCGUGGUAAAACCAAUGAUUAUAUGGUAAAAAGUGCUUCAACUCUUGCUUCUAUUUAUUCAACAUCAACUAUGGAACGACAUCAUUUUAAUCAAACAGUAACUAUAUUACAAACGGAGAGUCAUAAUAUAUUUAAACAUCUUUCACCCAAAGAAUAUCGACAAAUGUUAGAUGAUAUUCGUCAUUGUAUAUUAGCAACAGAUUUAGCAUUAUUUUUUGAAAAUCGUCCAAAAUUUGAACAUAUUAUUGAUAAUUCUCAAUUCGAUUGGAACAAUAAAGAGCAUACACAACUCAUGAUGGGGCUCAGUAUGACCGCUGCUGAUUUAUGCUCUUCGUUUAAACAAUGGGAAGUACAGCGUCAACGUUUACAAUCAUUAUCAAUGACAGUAGUCGAUUUAUGUGCUAUGUAUAAACCUUGGCAAAUACAAGAAAAUGUUGUCAAUACGAUCAUGGACGAAUUUUGGCAAGAGGGUGAUGAAGAAAAACGACGAGGUAUUCAACCACAAUCAUUAAUGGAUCGAUCACUGGCACAUGAAUUGCCAAAAAACCAGGUGAAUUUUAUCAAAAGUAUUUGUAUCCCGUGCUAUUCGUUAAUUGUACGUAUUCUACCUGAGACAAUGCCUAUGCUGAAUGGAGCCAGAAGUAAUCUUCAACGAUGGCAAGAACUUGCUGAUGAACAACAAUCAUCUAGAAUGUCUACGACAUAUCCACAGACUCAUCAGCCAGCAUCGUCGUGA